UACGAGGAAGUAUAGUCCAAGGGUUGUUUUGGUCGCAACGCACGCGGACCCUUUUUUCUUUGUCAAUGCUUCGGCGAUGUAGAUUGUUUAGGGAAAUGGCCCCGGAGCUGCAGCUAGAGUACGUCCCUGUUCUCUUUACUCGCACCAUAUUGGGUCCUCAAGGCGGUUUUGCCGGUGAGGAGCGCCUCAUCAAGCGGGAGGUUGCACAGAAGUAUUUCGCGGAUAAGCAUGUGGUCUUCCCUGACGAGGACUCUCGGCGUGGGGUGUGGUGUUACAACCCCGAUACCGACCAGCACGAUCGAUUCGUGGAACGAAAUGAGGAGUUUCUUGAAUUCGCCGCGCGCAAACGUCAGUGGUUGGAUGUCUAUUGGCGUGUUAAUACCGGUUAUUUGCUAUUCGGACGCCAGUCGUGGGGCCAGGGGUGGCUUCUCAACUGCCCAUUGCGUAAAAAGGACAUCGCACAAAAGUUAUGGGAGCAGUACAAGGUGCGGAUUGAUCCUCGGUUGGUUGAGUUCCGGGAAAAAGAUCGACGCACGGGGAUUCAAGAAUUAGGACAUAACUGGUGCUGGUUGUAUCUUCCCGGGGCCGAGGAACUUGAUAUUGAUCGAGAGGUAUACGAUAACAAGCGUGUCAAGGUGCGUAUGCACAUCCGUAAGAUGAACAGUUAUGGUGCUUUGUAUUAGCGUGAUUGACGGGCGACUCUGCCUUUUUGUAGGUUGUGUUGGACACCAGAGUGAAAAUAAAAGAAGAGUAACGCCUUUUCAAAAAAAAAAAAUGCAUUACAAUCCUAGUGUUCGAAAGAUGCGAAUUAUCCGCUUCCCCUAUUUCCAUGCACACACCUAUACAUGCACAUCCAUAGCACUGGUGGAGAGAUAAUUCACCGCACAGCUUAUUGUGAUGCAUGAUGACAACCGGGGAGGAUAAUAAAGAA